GCGAAACCUUGCAGGCUUUUCACUUCCCUAUACAAACUCGUGCCCAACCUCCUUUUGGUGUAACCACCAAACAUUCUGCUUGUAGUCUCUUACCAAAGGAUAGUCUGCUCAAUAUAUACAAAAAGAAAUCUUUUUCUAUAUUACCCCAGCUUAAACGUGAUUAUUCUAUACAUUAAACAAAAUGAAGUACUUAGCCGCUUACUUAUUAUUGCAACAGGGUGGUAACGCCUCUCCAUCUGCCGCCGACAUCAAGGCCUUGUUGGAAACUGUCGGUUCCGAAGUUGAAGAAUCCAGAUUGGCUUUGUUGUUGAAGGAAAUCGAAGGUAAGUCCGUCGCUGAGUUGAUUGCCCAGGGUAACUCCAAGUUGGCCUCUGUCCCAACCGGUGGUGCUGCUGCCGCCUCUUCUGGUUCCGCCGCUGCCUCUUCUGGUGCCGCCGCCGCCGAGGAAGUUGUUGAAGAAGCCAAGGAAGAAUCUGAUGACGACAUGGGGUUCGGUUUGUUCGAUUAAACGUAUUAGUAUGAAUUUUCCAAUCCAUAUUUCUACUUAAUCCGAACAUAUCCUUAUUUUCAAAACGCUCCAAAUUCCUAAUCUAAGCGUAUACCGAAUGGGCUAACGGCUCGUCUUUUUAAAUAAAGGCUGAG